GAGGCGCCGGGCCGGGGACUGACUGCGCAGGCGCAGAGCCCAGAAAGGAACAAAGGCUUUUGGUGCAGCUGCUGGAGGGAGGAAGCAAGCAAGGUUGCAAAGCGAAAGCAAGCCCAGGAGGACGAAAGAAGUUUGGAAUAAAUGCAACCGGCCUGCCCAUGGCAACCAUGGCUGCUGCCCCGCAUCUCAACUCGGACGCUCUCCGCGAAGUCUUGGAGUGCCCGAUUUGUAUGGAGUGCUUCACCGAGGAGCACCUGAGGCCCAAGCUGCUCCACUGCGGGCACACCAUCUGCAAGCAGUGCUCCGAGAAGCUCCUGGCCAACAGCAUCAACGGGAUCCGCUGCCCGUUCUGUAGCAAAGUCACGCGCAUCACCAACCUGGCCCAGCUGAACGACAACUUGACGGUGCUGAAGAUCAUCGACACGGCGGGCCUCGGCGAGACCGUGGGCCUCCUGAUGUGCAAAACCUGCGGACGGCGGCUCCCCAAGCACUUCUGCAAGGGCUGCGGCUUGGUCCUCUGCGAGCCCUGCAAGGAGGCCGACCACACGCAGCAGGGGCACGCCGUGGUGGUCAUCAAAGAGGCAGCCGACGAGCGGAGGAGGGAGUUCGGGGCCAAGCUGGGCCGCUUGCGGGAGCUGAUGGGGGACCUCCAGAAGCGGAAGGCCUCCCUGGAAGGGGUUUCGAAGGACCUACAAGUCCGGUACAAAACGGUCCUGCAGGAAUACGGCAAGGAGGAGCGGAAGGUCCAAGAGGAGCUGGCACGGUCCCGGAAGUUCUUCACCAGCUCCCUCUCGGAGGUGGAGAAGGUCAACGGCCAGAUCAUGGAGGAGCAGGCUUAUCUACUGAACAUCGCCGAGGUGCAGAUCGUGUCUCGUUGCGACUACUUCUUGGCCAAAAUCAAGCAGGGGGACAUGGCGCUUCUUGAGGAAACGGGCGACGAGGAAGAGCCGGAGUUGAUGAACAGCCUCCCCAAAGAGUUGACUAUGCAAGACGUGGAGCUUCUCAAAGUGGGGCGCGUUGGGCCGCUUCAGAUCGGACAAGUGGUGAAGAAACCACGGAGCAUCAACGUGGAGGAAUCGCUGAUGGAGAUGGCAGCGGCGGCGGCUUCGGUUUCCUUCAGGGAAGUCGACGUGGCAGAGGAGGAACCCAACUCUCUUCCUAGUUGUCCGUCUCCCGCCAAGGCGAGAGUGCCCGAAGCUGCCACCAGCAUCCAACAAUGCCACUUCCUCAAGAAGAUGGGCUCCAAAGGCAGCACGCCAGGGACCUUCAACCUGCCCGUCAGCCUCCAUGUCACCCCGCAAGGAGAGGUCCUCGUGGCCGACCGCGGGAACUUCCGCAUCCAAGUCUUCACCCGCAAGGGUUUCCUGAAGGAGAUCCGCCGGAGCCCGAGCGGCAUCGACAGCUUCGUGCUCAGCUUCUUGGGCGCAGACUUGCCCAACUUGACUCCUCUCUCGGUCACGAUGAACUGUCACGGCCUGAUCGGCGUCACCGACAGUUACGACAACUCGGUGAAGGUCUACACCAUCGACGGGCACUGCGUGGCCUGUCACCGGAGCCAGCUGAGCAAGCCGUGGGGCAUCACCGCCCUCCCGUCGGGGCAGUUCGUGGUAACGGACGUGGAAGGCGGAAAGCUCUGGUGCUUCACCGUCGACCGCGGGGUCGGGGUGGUGAAGUACAACUGCCUGUGCAGCGCGGUGCGGCCAAAAUUUGUGACUUGCGACGCCGAAGGGAUGAUUUACUUCACGCAGGGGCUGGGGCUCAAUCUCGAAAACCGCCAGCACGAACACCACUUGGAAGGGGGCUUCUCGAUCGGCUCGGUCGGCCCGGACGGGCAGCUCGGGAGGCAGAUCAGCCACUUCUUCUCCGAGAACGAGGACUUCCGAUGCAUCGCCGGGAUGUGCGUGGACUCUCGCGGGGACUUGAUCGUCGCCGACAGCAGCCGGAAAGAGAUCCUGCACUUCCCCAAAGGAGGCGGGUAUAAUAUCCUGAUCCGCGAGGGACUCACCUGCCCCGUUGGCAUCGCCAUCACCCCCAAGGGACAGCUCUUGGUCUUGGACUGUUGGGAUCACUGCAUCAAGAUCUACAGCUACCACUUGAGGAGGUACUCCACGCCGUAGGAAGGAGAAAAGGCGGGCCUCUUCCAGGACCGGACUUUGAGUAGUGUCCCACAUUUCAAGAAGGCUGUGCCACAAUCGUGUGUGCAGCUCAACACAAAAAGGCUGUCUCCAAACAUGGCCACGUGCGUGCAUGUGUUGUUUGUUGUUUUACGUGUCAGUACAGUAGACUCCCCGUUAACCGGAACUCAAGGAAAAAAAAAAUUAAAAUUCAUAUUUACUACCAAAGGUGGCACAGUAUGUUAAAGCGCUGAGCUUAUGGACCAAAAGGUUGCAGGUUCAAAUCCAGGGAGCUGAAUGAGCUCCCGCUGCUAGCCCCAGCUUCUGCCUACCUAGCAGUUCAAAAACAUGCAAAUGUGAGUAGAUCAAUAGGUACAACUCUGGCGGGAAGGUAAUAGCGCUCCAUGCAGUCAUGCCGGCCGCAUGACCUUGGAGGUGUCUAUGGACAAUGGCGGCUCUUUGGCUUAGAAAUGGAGAUGAGCAUCAACCCCCAGAGUUGGACACGACUGGAGUUAAUGUCAGGAGAAAACCUUUACUAAUUAAUAAUAAUAAUAAUAAUAAUAAUAAUAAUAAAAUACACUGGCUCUUUGGCUUAAAAAUGGAGAUGAGCACCAACUCCCAGAGUCGGACACGACUGGACUUAACAUCAGGAGAAAAUCUUUACCUUUAUUAAUAAUAAUAAUAAUAAUAAUAAUAAUAAUAAAAUACACUGGCUCUUUGGCUUAGAAAUAGAGAUGAGCACCAAUUCCCAGAGUCGGACACAACUGGACUUAAUGUCAGGGGAAAACCUUUACCUUUACUAAUAAAUAAUAAUAAUAAUAAUAAAAUAGACUGGCUCUUCGGCUUAGAAAUAGAGAUGAGCACCAACUCCCAGAGUCGGACACGACUGGACUUAACAUCAGGAGAAAACCUUUACCUUUACUAAUAAAUAAUAAUAAUAAAAUAGACUGGCUCUUCGGCAUAGAAAUGGAAAUGAGCACCAACUCCCAGAGUUGGACACAACUGGACUUAACGUCAGGGGAAAACCUUUACCUAUAAUACAGUUAACCUGUGUUAUUGGCUUGCUGUGAGUUUUCCAAUCUGUAUAGCCAUGUUCUAGAAGCAUUCUCUCCUGACGUUUCGCCCACAUCUCUGGCGGGCAUCCUCAGAGGUUGUGAGGUCUGUUGGAAACUAGGCAAGUGGGGUUUAUAUAUCUGUGAAAUAACGUGUCUGCUUGAGACAAGUUUGAAUGUUGCAAUUGGCCACCUUGAUUAGCACUGAAUAGCCUUGCAGUUUCAAAGCAUGGCUGCUUCCUGCCUGGGGGAAUCCUUUGUUGGGAGGUAUUAGCUGGCCCUGAUUGUUUCCUGUCUGCAAUUCCUCUGUCUUCUGAGUGUUGUUUAAUAGCUGCAAGGCUAUUCAAUGCUAAUCAAGGUGGCCAAUUGCAACAUUCACACUUGCCUCAAGCAGACAAGUGUUCAUUCUCUCACCCUGGACAGUAUUUUAAGAAAACUAAAAUCAGGAUAGUAAAUGAAGAAGAACACUAAAAAAACCCUGGAAUUCCAGACAAGAAACAAUCAGGGUGAGCUAACAUCUCCCAACAAAGGAUUCCCCCAGGCAGGAAAACAGCCAGGCUUUGAAACUGCAAGGCCAUUCAAUGCUAACCAAGGUGGACCAUUGCAGCAUUCAAAUCAGGGCGGAUUUCAAACUGUUCCCGAAUAGCAACAAAAAGACACCCAUAAUAACACAAAUUGACAACCCAACAUACAAAAACAAAUUAUGACCUAACAACUAAAAUUAAUUAAAAACGCUACCAGUUAUAUCAGUUUAUAUAUAUAUAUUUACGUGUCAGGAGCGACUUGAGAAACUGCAAGUAUUAAUAUCAAGUCAAUACUGACUUUGUACUACAUGGGAUAUAGUAUUUAUGUGUUCUUGUUUUAAAUGUAUUGAUACUGUAUUUUAUGAUGUGAGCCGCUCCAAGUCCCUCCGGGGAGAUGGGGCAGGAUACAAAAAUAAAAUUAUUAUUAUUAUUAUUAUUUAUUAGAAACACAACAAGACGAGUCCACAGCAGACACUUGGCUGGCUGUUGUAUUGGGUCACACAUCGGACACUUCCCAAGUGUCUAGGAUUAUUAUUAUUAUUAUUAUUAUAUUUUAUUUUAUUAUGACACAGCAAACAAGAUAGAUAUGCUGGAUUUCGUAUCACAAAAUCACGAGUCAAACACUUCCCAAGUGUCUAGGACUGUGUGAUGUAUUUUCGGAUGAUGCGUGCAGAUCCCAGUCGGGUGGCCUUUUGCAGUUGUCAGAUCGUGAUUUUGUCAAUGUCUAUUGUUUCCAAAUGCCAGCUGAGAUCUUUUGGCACGGCACCCAAUGCGCCAAUCACCACCGGGACCACCUGCACUGGUUUCUGCCAUAGUCUUUGAAUAAUAAUAAUUAUUAUUAUUAUUAUUAUUCAAAGACUUAUUAUUAUUAUUAGGCUUAUUUCAAUAGUAAUUCUAAGGAGUCCCCCAGUGGCGCAGUGGGUUGAACCCUUGAGCUGGCAGGACUGCUGACUUGAAGGUUGGGUUGCUGACCUGAAGGUUGUGAGUUCAAGUCCAACCCAGGGAGAGUGGAUGAGCUCCCUCUGUCAACUCCAGCUGGGGAUGUGAGAGAAGCUUCCCACAAGGAUGUUAGAAACAUCAAAACAUCCGGGCAACGCCCCUGGGCAUCGUCCUUGCAGACAGCCAAUUCUUUCACAGUUUCUCAAGUCACUCCUGACACGAAAAAAAUUAGUAAUUCUUAAGCAAGCAGAUACUAAAUUUACCUGUCGCCUAUCGUUCCCCAUGGAUGCCGGUUAACUGAGAGUCUACUGUCGGGACACACACAUCCUUCCUACCACUUUAUGUGUGCAAUACUCAAGGACUGUUUUCCUCUUCUGAGUCUUUUCACUCUGCUAGUUGGUAGCAUUGUUCCAUUAUUUUCUCCACAUUCAUCACAAUAAUAUUUCACCAUUGCACUUGCUAGACAUCGAAUCUCCUAUUUCCUGAUGGUGCCAAUAUAACCCUCACCAUGAACAUGUGUUUGUGUGUUGUUCGGCGUGAAGUAGUUUAGCGUGAGUGCAGAAACACAACAAAUAACAUCCUGGGAUAAUGCAGGAGUAAACGUUUGUUGUUCCGGGUCUGUGGGGUGGAAUCGAUCGGAAUAUUGUUUUGUUGUUGAUACCUUACCUGGUGGGAAAAAGUGUUUUGGAAGGUCAUGUUUCUUGUGGAGACUUUUUUUGCCAGUGAGAGAGAAAUGAGUAAACGAGAUCAAGUGUGACAAAU